CCUAAGUUGAAAUCAUACUUUUUUAAUAAAUUUUAUUUGUUGUUCUUCAGUUGCAUCUUAUGUUAGUGAGAACACCAAGUUCACCUACAAUGAGCUGCCACGAAGACGAUGAUUCAGAGGACGACUUACCGUGCGUGAGUCUAAGUCAAUCGACUGGUGGAAAGAGUGAGUUGGAGAUGCCUCCGGCGUCGCAGGUGGCGUCGUUGCGAGCUCGCGAGGACGCAGCAGAGCGCGCGUUGCAAGAUAUUCACGAGAACAAUGAUCCACUUUUGGUUAGCCUGUCCAGAAGUACCAGCCAGAGCUCGACCAGUGAGGAGGGUGAGGCAGCAUUAUCGGCAGCAGUAUCAGCUUUACAAGUAGACGAAACUCCGCCUCACACUCGCGGGAUGUGUGCGGAGCGACUACAGCUACUUACGGCUAUAAGAGAUAAUCUUUCAGAAGAUCGGGAGUUUCUUGAUAGUUAUAUUAAGAUGAUGAAGGAGAAACCGGGAGCGGUGGAUGGUGUUACAGAACAUAUUCUGCAAGGAAUAUCAUCCGCCCUAAUAUCCGGUCGCAGCCCAAACAUCCCCAGCGCGGCCGUUUGGCUGCUAAGCGUGGCUCUUAGCACACCUCGCUCGCUUCGCACGCGUCGCGCGCUACACGCCAUCUUGGAUCAAGCUAGUGAUAAACAAGUGAACGUGUUGGCUGCAGCUUCUUGUGCAGCUAUUCAAGAUGCGGAUCAAUUGCUAGCAGCAUAUGAUGCAGUACGGACUGGUACAAAACGCGGAGCUGACCAACUAGCAGCUAUCUUACUCGCACACGCCAUGGCUAGAGCUUUAGCUCAAAAGGAAACACUACCGUCCCAUUCUGACCCACCUUCCCCUUUGUCUUCUGAAUCUAUAAAACUGGUUCGAACUUCUUGGCGAAAGCUGCCAACUCGAUCACAGCUCACGUUGUUACGCUGCGUCGGUCGGGCGCUUGCUGCGGCGGGGGAUAGUGGGGACGUAGGGGAAAAGGGGGGCAAAGAGGAACAGAGGGACGUGAAAAAAGAAUCUGCGAAUGAAAAUGCGGGAGAGAAAAUGGACACUGAUGAAGUAGGAAAUGAAACAGUGAAAAUAGACAGCAUUCUUCCAAAAACAGAAAGCAGUGCCAUAGAUACACUAGAAUCAAAUAAUAAAAGUAGUAAAAUAGAGGAGGGUGGAGCAGCGUUAUUAGCGGCCAUAGGACAACCUUUACCUAGAGCUUCGGCCUUCGAUAUUAAUAGACAACAGGUAUUAACGAACGUAUCAAAACUCCAGCUAAUCUUCCGUAAAAGAUUCAUAACGGACCCAAAGGACCCAUUAGAUGCCCCAUUAAAUUGCUCACAAAAUUCCUUAGACCAGUCUCUAGAAGCCACACCUACUAAACCUGAGCUCAAAGUUCAAAUACCUAUGAAAAUAAUCGCCCCUAUGAAACUACAGUUCCCAAUUUUAACUACUAGUUUAAAAGUACCUGAAAUCAAAGAAGGGCCUAUAAAAAAAAUCGCAAAGGGACAGAAGAAGUUGGAAGAGUUUUUUAAACCGCGAGCAAAAGUGACGGAAAGUGAAGAUAAGUCGCCGGACGCGAAAAGGUUUAAAACGCAGAGGUUAGAACGGAAACGUGCUCAGAAAAAUGGGAAAAGUUAGUUCUAUAAGUAUAAUAAUUUAAUUAGUUAUACAGGCUGAUUUAAACUAACACAAUUUUCACUCAUAUACAGAUCGGACAUUUGGGCGUCAUUCUAAAAACAUAAGUUUAAUUAUUCCGAAAAUGUCAUACAAAUGACGCCCAACUGUCCGAUCUCUGCUCAUAUUAAAACGGGACUUUAUCAUUAUUGGCCAGACGUUUCGUUCGUAAUUUCACGGACAAAACAACGGGCCAAAUGUAAACGUAAGUCUUACACGAUAAAGUCCCGUUAUUUAACUAAGGGCCAGUUGCAUCAACCACAUUUGACAGACACAUCAUCGUCACGCAGCAGACGUCUAUGAAACUUCCCAUACAAUAAAAUUUUACGAACGCUUUAACGGUGACAGACGGUUUGGUGCAACCGGCCCUUAGUAAUGAUUAAAAAAUUACCAAAACUAAGUUGUAGAAUGAGCUACCUUUUGAGAGGUUUCCCUUGCGCUAUGAUUCUUCAAAGCAGUUAUUUAGGGUUCUCAAAGAUCGGCAACGCAAAUUUUUCCCCUGAUGUUGCUUAUGUCCAUUGGCGGCGAUGACGCUUCCUAUCAGGCUCGUCUGCUCGUUUGCUACCUAUAUCAUACAAAAAACGCGUUGGCGGACCGAAAUAGUGUGUUCAGAGAAAAGUGAUUUUGUUAAAACUAUUUUUCAGUACAGAUGGUGUUUUUUUUACGCACUAGUGCGAGA